AGCCGGCAGGCACGGCGGGCCACUUUGCCGAGAAGAAGCCGCACCUGCCCAGAUCAGACCGCGCCUUUCGUGGACAUCCACCACCCCGCCAUGGGAGCCCCGCUGGCCCGCCGAGGCCCGGCCUGACCUUAGUGUUUGCAGCCAAAGCCACCGACUGAUCGGCCGGCGCAGCUCGGGCAGAGGCCCCUUCCUUCCUUCUUUCUUUCCCUCCUUCCUUCCUUCCUUCCGCCAAGAUGCCCUUCAUGCCGGUCAAGUUCACCCUGCAGAAGCGGGUGAAGCUUGCCCAGGGCCUGUGGAUCCUCUACUGGGCAUCGGUCCUGGCCGGCGUCGUCCUCCUGGGGCUGGGCGUCUACUUCAAGGUGGAGCUGCGCAAGCGGAGCGAGCUGAUGGACCAGAGCGAGAGCCACUUGGUGCCCAACCUGUUGAUCCUGGCGGGGCUGCUGGGCGCCGCCCUCAACGCCUUUGGGGGCAAAGUCUGCCACGACUCGCUAGACCCCGUCAAGUACUCCAAAUGGAAGCCGUCGCUGCGCCGCUUCCUGAUCAUUUGCUGUGUCUUCAACCUUCUGCUGCUCGUGCUGGCGCUGCUAUGCUUCCUCAUGCAGUUCGCCGUCUACCUGACGCUGUCGCAGGGCCUGAAGAACAGCAUCCGCUUCUACAAGGACACCGACACGCCGGGGCGCUGUUUCAUGAAGCGCACGCUGGACCUGACGCAGAUCGAGUUCCGCUGCUGCGGCAACGUCAACUACAGGGACUGGUUCGAGGUCCAGUGGAUCAGCAACCGCUACCUGGACAUGAGCAACAUGGAGGUCAAAGAUCGCGUCAUGAGCAAUGUGGAAGGCAAGUUCCUGAUGGACAGCGUCCCGUUCAGCUGCUGCAACCCGGGCUCACCUCGCCCCUGCAUCCAGCACCACCUGACCAACAACUCGGCCCACUACGACUACGAUCACCGCAGCGAGGAGCUCAACAUCUGGACGCGAGGCUGCCGGGAGGCCCUCUUUUCUUACUUCAGCGGCCUCAUGAGCUGCGUGGGCAUCCUGGUGAUCGCCACUGCACUGCUGGAGUGUGCGGACAUGGCGGGCUUGAAAUACCUGAGCACGGCGUUGGACACCAUGGCUGACCCCGAGAACCCCGAGUGCGAGAGCGAAGGCUGGCUGCUGGAGAAGGGCGUCAAGGAGACGUUGACCGAGACGCUGGCCAAAAUCAAGACGCUGGGAAAGUCCAACCAUGUGGACGAGGGUGGGGACCAAGACGCCGGCUGACCGGCAAACAACCAUGUGGUGCGACCUAAGAAUUUCGGUUUUUUUUUAAACUUCUAAACUAGUCUAACACACAAACAUCCAAACAGACACAUUUUGAACUCUUUCAGCGACACUCAUGACAUGUCAUUUUUGUUCUCCCCAAAUGUCUCCAAAUAAAAGGACAUUGACCCGAUAUCAACCGGAAGUGAUCCCAAAAUCAACAGGAAGUUAUCCCGAAAUGCCCCAAAAUCAUGGAAUCAGGAAGUGACCACAAAAUGCCCCAGAAUCAACAGGAAGUGACCCCAAAAUGCCUGGAAGUCAACAGGAAGUGAGCCGAUACAUCGACCAUCAGUUUUUCUUCUGCUACUUCCUUUUGUUACACUAGGUGGUGCAAAAUGACAAUUACCAAAGACUACUCCAUCAACGAACAUCAACUGUUAUCUGUAACAUUGGCUAUAAAAGGGUUACACAUUUGCAGCCACGCAAACAAACACACGCACGCACACACACACACACGUGUAUAGAUGUCUAAUAAUUGUUCUUUGUUCUCGUAAUUUUUGUGAUCGUCUUUCAGAGAUUUUAGUCCCCAAGGAUCAUCUGUAUUACGUCGAUAUGUGUUUUUCCUUUUCAAAUCUGAAUAAAAGCCAAAUGGAA